GCCUGGCCGCGCCCACCGCGUGGGGCGUGUCUCGGGGCGUGUCUUCUCCCGCAGGAUGGGGGGGGUGGGCGUCCGCCAUCUUGGAUUCCGUGGUAGCGGUGGCGGCGGUAAGGUGUCGCUUCUGUGGAGUGGCUCUUCCCUCCCCUCCCCCAGCUCGGUGGCGGCAGCCCCUCCCACUGAGGGUGGCGCAGCGACGGUGCCAUCUGGACCAUGGCGGCGACUACGGCUAACCCAGAAAUGACAUCAGAUGUACCAUCUCUGGGUCCCACCAUUGCUUCUGGAAACCCUGGACCUGGGAUUCAGGGUGGAGGAGCUGUUGUACAGAGGGCUAUUAAGCGACGAUCAGGGUUGGAUUUUGAUGAUGACGGAGAAGGGAACAGUAAAUUUUUGAGAUGUGAUGAUGAACAGAUGUGUAAUGACAAAGAGCGUUUUGCCAGGUCGGAUGAUGAGCAGAGCUCUGCGGAUAAGGAGAGACUGGCCAGGGAAAAUCAUAGUGAAAUAGAGCGGCGGCGACGGAACAAGAUGACAGCUUACAUCACAGAACUGUCAGACAUGGUACCUACCUGUAGCGCCCUGGCUCGAAAACCAGACAAGCUGACCAUCUUACGAAUGGCUGUUUCUCACAUGAAGUCCUUGAGGGGAACUGGCAACACAUCCACUGAUGGCUCCUACAAGCCAUCUUUCCUCACUGAUCAGGAACUGAAACAUUUGAUCUUGGAGGCAGCGGACGGCUUUCUGUUUAUUGUCUCCUGUGAGACUGGCCGCGUGGUUUAUGUCUCUGAUUCAGUGACUCCUGUUUUGAAUCAGCCACAGUCUGAAUGGUUCGGGAGCACACUCUAUGAUCAGGUGCACCCAGACGAUGUGGAUAAACUCCGAGAGCAGCUGUCUACUUCAGAAAAUGCCCUGACAGGGCGAAUCCUGGAUCUGAAGACUGGAACAGUGAAAAAGGAAGGUCAGCAGUCUUCCAUGAGGAUGUGUAUGGGCUCCAGGAGGUCGUUUAUUUGUCGGAUGAGGUGUGGCAAUAGCUCCGUGGACCCAGUUUCCAUGAAUAGACUGAGCUUUUUGAGGAAUAGAUGCAGGAAUGGCCUUGGCUCUGUGAAGGAUGGAGAACCUCACUUUGUGGUGGUCCACUGCACAGGCUACAUCAAGGCCUGGCCUCCAGCAGGUGUCUCCCUCCCAGACGAUGACCCAGAGGCUGGCCAGGGGAGCAAAUUCUGCCUAGUGGCCAUUGGCAGGUUGCAGGUAACUAGUUCUCCCAACUGUACAGACAUGAGUAACAUUUGCCAACCAACAGAGUUCAUCUCCCGACACAACAUUGAGGGGAUAUUCACUUUUGUAGAUCAUCGCUGUGUGGCUACUGUUGGCUACCAGCCACAGGAGCUCUUAGGAAAGAAUAUUGUAGAGUUUUGUCAUCCUGAAGAUCAACAGCUUCUAAGAGACAGCUUUCAACAGGUGGUGAAAUUAAAAGGCCAGGUGCUAUCUGUCAUGUUCCGAUUCCGAUCUAAGAACCGAGAAUGGCUCUGGAUGAGAACCAGCUCAUUUACGUUCCAAAACCCUUAUUCAGAUGAAAUUGAGUAUAUUAUCUGUACCAACACCAAUGUGAAGAACACUAGCCAGGAACCACGGCCUACACUUUCUAACACAAUUCAGAGGUCACAGCUAGGUCCGACAACCAGUUUAUCCCUAGAGAUGGGUACAGGGCAGCUGGCAUCCAGGCAGCAGCAGCAACAACAGCAGCAGCAGCAGCAAGCAGAAUUGGAUAUGGUACCAGGAAGAGAUGGGCUAGCCAGCUAUAACCAUUCCCAGGUUUCUGUCCAGCCUGUGGCAACUACAGGAGCAGAACACAGCAAGCCCCUUGAAAAGUCAGAUGGUCUCUUUGCCCAGGACAGGGAUCCAAGGUUUUCAGAAAUCUAUCCCAACAUCAGUGCAGAUCAGAGUAAAGGCAUCUCCUCCAGCACUGCCCCUGCCACCCAACAGCUAUUCUCCCAGGGCAGCUCAUUCCCUCCUACCCCCCGGCCGGCAGAGAACUUCAGGAAUAGUGGUCUGAGCCCUCCUGUGACCAUUGUCCAGCCGUCAUCUUCUGCAGGGCAGAUGUUGGCCCAGAUUUCUCGUCACUCCAACCCUACCCAGGGAGCAGCUCCAACUUGGACCCCUAGUACCCGGCCAGGCUUCUCUGCCCAGGCUACAGCCAAGACUCGUUCUUCCCAAUUUGGUGUGAGCAACUUUCAGACUUCCUCCUCCUUCAGUGCUAUGUCUCUCCCGGGUGCUCCCACGGCCUCCCAGGGUACUGCAGCCUACCCUGCUCUCACCAACCGUGCAUCCAACUUCCCUCCUGAGAGUGGACAGACUUCAGGACAGUUCCAGACCCGGACAGCAGAGGGUGUGGGUGUCUGGCCACAGUGGCAGAGCCAGCAGCCCCAUCAUCGGUCCAGUUCCAACGAGCAACAUGUUCAGCCAGCGUCAGCACAGCCAUCUAGCCAGCCUGAGGUCUUCCAGGAAAUGUUGUCCAUGCUGGGAGACCAGAGCAACAGCUACAACAAUGAAGAAUUUCCUGAUCUAACUAUGUUUCCGCCCUUUUCAGAAUAGAACUAUUGGGGUGAGGAUAAGGGCGGGGGAAAUCACUGUUUGUUUUUAAAAGCAAAUCUUUUGUAAACAGAAUAAAAGUUCCUCUCCCUUCCCUUCCCUCACCCCUGAUAUGUACCCCCCUUCACCCCUUGACUCUGAAGUAACAUUUAUAGAAGAAAUGAAAUGAGUUCCCAGGCAUUUAGGGUCCUCUGAAAAUCUGAAGACAGGUGAGGUUGGAAGUCGUGUCCUCACGUCUUCUUACCAGAAGUGGCACAGAAGUGGUGUUUGCCUGAGUCAAGGGGCAGAAUAGAAGAACCUGACAGCACUAAUUGCCUUGGAGACUGUGGCUUGUUUUGAAUACAAACUCUGAAUAGAAUGGAGGAGAGGAGAAAGAAACAUCCUCAUAACCAAGGAUCAUGAAAAUUCAUAGGUAUAUGUGGCGCUUUAGGAGGUGAACAAUCCCCUGGAAAGGAACGAGAGAGAGAGAGAGAGAGAGAGAGAGAGAGAGAGAGAGACUGUGUGUGUGUGUGUGUGUGUAUCUGAGCCCCUCUGUCGUGUCCUUCCUCCCUGUUAGGGAGUAUAUGCAAAGUUUGUCCCAGAUGUUCUUUGUCUUUCUGCUUGGUCUUCAAAGAGUCCUAAAAAGGUAAUUUUUCUAGGUAUUUUUGUGUUUAGUAUUGCAGCCAAAGAGUAUUUAAAUGAAGUCUUUGCUGCACUUAAACCGAUGCCCAGCCAAAAUGGAACUUUAGGCCAAUGUACAGUCUUCUGUUUAUACAGAAUACAUUAAUGAUCAAGCUGGAUUACUCCUCUUUGGUGCUCUCAAUUUAUGUGGAAGAUCUGCAGAUCAAAAUAGGCUGGCCAGAUAAACACUGUCAGAAAUCUCAGACUUGCCCAUAAGUUAAUGCUGCAUUUUUCUGUCAGAGUCACACGUGUUCUGGAGAGGUUAUUUCUGCAUGGAAGCUCAGCUUGUUGGAUCAGCUAUCUGAGUGACGAGGGUAUAAACCAAAUAGCCCUGCUACAUACUAGCCUCUCCUUCCUUGUCAGAAGCACGUGUAGGUCUUCCUGAAGUCUGCCCUUUGCUCCCUGUCCAAACCUGGAUUUGGGCUUUGCUUUGAAAUAAAUGUGAGUCGAUGUGUUGUUAGUCCGGACUCAAAUCCGCACAGGGUCACUUGAUAAUCACAGCCAUAGAAACGCAGAUACAAGCUACUGCCUUCACCCUUUCCUGUCCUCAGGUGCGUCUCACGUAUCAGUAGCCUUUUUCUUUCUUCUUUUUACUGACUCCUGUCAGUAUAUAAGUGAAAGAUUAAACUAAUACAGAAAAGAUGUAUUAAGUGUAUUCAUAGGGUAAGGAGCCUGGAUGGAGAGGCUCAUGGCGAGGCUGAGGAAUUGUUGUGUACUAAGUUUCCCUCCGUUUCUCUUCAGUCUGGUGCCAGGCAAUAGAGUGGAAAAGGAGGCUAUUUUUUUAUUCUAUAUGCACACAUACAGUAUCAUAUAUAUUUAUAUCACAAUUUACAGAACCAAAAAGUUGAGUUUCCAAUGAAAUGUUUGUUUUUUAAUAAUCAGUUUGUUUUUAAAUGUGAUCUGAACUAUAUAAUGUACAGUUAUUACAGGGCUUUUGAAGAAGGGGCGGGAGGGAGAAGCUACUCUGAGGGUUUUGUUCUGCUUUUCCUUCAGGGUUUUAUUUUUGAUUGUUUUUUCUUGUUAGCCAUCUGUGCUAAGCCUUACAGUGGCAAAAAUAAUGACAUGUAGCAAAGAUUUUAAAACAAAGUAUUUUUCUUUU